AUGUCGCCUAAGAGUGUGCCGCUACAAGUGGGUUUAGUGAAGUGUGAUCAUCUUCACCACCGGUACCAGGAGCUCCUCAAUGCCCAUUCCCAUUCCGGUUUAUUUGCUCACCCUUGCACACAGCUGGCCAUUAAUGUGACCCUCCUGGCGACGAAUCAAACCUUGCGGAAGCCUCCGUUUAUUAUAGUCCACGAGCCGGGCAGCUUUCCCGUCGACAACUACGGCCAUUAUCUCUACCUGGAGAUGAAGCCAGCCAAGCAUAGGUACGUGUUCUACUUGAAGACCAAUGUAGAGCUACUGGGCACACGUCUCAACCCCUGCAGCCGAGUGCCCAUCCAACUGCUUGGCUUCAACUACACAUACAACCUGGUGAGUCGUUCUUCUUCCCUACCUUUCCUAUCUUUUCAUUGUCGUUCCUCUCUGUUGCCUUGGCAACCUUGGUAUCUGUUCUUUCUUCUGGGUGUAGUCGUUAUCAGUGAGGCAGUACAGUUCCCAUUUAUCUAUCAUCGUAUAGCCCAAUUGUGCCUCCAACUCUUGGAGGCUUUGCGUGCAUAG